AGGGAAAGAUCGUCACAAUACGUGAUCAGUAUUGUUUAUACUUGACACCUGCUCUCCUCAGUAACACUGUCAGUGGCCACUCAACAUGAAGGCUCUAGUCUUUCUCAUCGUUGUGAGCAUUACUACCGUCCUUAGCAGACCAAGCUUCCCAACAACCCACGGCCUCUCACAGCAAUCUUCCUCACACGAAUGUGAUUAUCCUACACUGGACAAUCAAGUAUGGAGAUGGUGCUAUCUUCCGUUGUACGGCCGACUGGUGGGUUGGUUCUAUCCAUCACCAUACACCUAUGGGGGAGGAUACUAUUAUCCACUAAUUACCAACGGACUGGAAACGUGGUACAGCUAUCCUUACGACAGUAAUCACUACAGCAUAGGCUUCCAACCAUAUGUCGACGAGGACACGACCCAGCAGACUGUGUGGCGGCGUCCCAUCACCACUGCUGACUACAUCACUAAGAACAAUGCUGUGAACAUUUUUGUUGGGAAUCCUUUUGUCGGAAAGGACGACAAACCGCCGACUUACAAGGAGCCAGAGACCAUUCCAGACAAAAAUGAAAUGACUUUCUUAACAUCGAAAUUGAUUAAUAUUCUUAAAACUCUAUUCUCUACUCAUAAAGAGGACGCUGAAAAUGAUCCCCCAAAGAAAACUGUAAAGACUGAUGCUGAGGGGAGCACUAUGACGAACUUCCAGAAAGAAGUUUCUCAAGAGAUUGAAUAUACGGGUGAUAAAACAGUAGAGGACUGGCCUCAGGUUAUGAAGACACAGAUUAUUAAUGAGGGUACUGAGAAGACUGUACCUAGUGAGGGCAUGGCUGGUGUGCCUCAGGAACCUAUAGAGACAGCUGCUCGGGAGGAGCCCAAGGCAGCUGAGGAGAUGGGUGAUAUGAAAAUUAUUCCACACAAAAACGUUCCUGAGGAUGCUCCUCAAAAUGCUCCAGUGAGUAAUGUUCCUCAGAGUGAACCUUCUGAAAGUGAAACUCCUCAGGAGCAGACUCCUGAGAAUGAUACUCCUAUGAAGGUUGCUCCUGAGGGUUAUGCUCCUGAGAAAGAUGCUCCCAUGAAGGUUGCACCUGAGGGUUAUGCCAGUGAGAGUGAUGUUCCUGAGAAGCAUGCUUCUCAGAGUGAUGCCCUGAGAGUGAUACUCCAGAAAAGCAUGCUCCAGAGGGUGAUGCUCCUGAGAAGCAUGCUCCUCAGAGUGAUGCUCUAG